AUGCUGAAACAAUUGAGGUAUGCUGAUAAAAAGGUGCAAUUUUGGGAUCUGGUUAAGGUUAAGGGUAAUGGUAGGAAGAAGCCAACAAAAACUGAUCUUAAGCCUCUACUGAAUGAUGCAGACAUAGUUAGUUUAGUUGAAGAGGUUCCACCCAACAAGGAGGUAGAAAUAUUUGUUGAACAUUUAUUUGAUGACCAAUGGGAUUACGAGGUAGACAUAUCUAGAGAAUUGGGAGAUGAUUGCCUACUCUAUGAUGGAAUAAACCAGAGUUCUGAAAAUGAGGAUGAGGUUGAAGGUGAAGAUCAAGGUGAGGAAGACCCUAAUCUUAUGGACACUAGGGCUAGUUCUAAGCAGGUCAAUCCUGCUGUUGGACUGGAAGGGGGUGAAGUACAAGAAGUAGAGUGCCAAUUGUCUGAAGAGGUGUUUAAGAGUUUAGAGAAUUCUGAAGAUUCUGAUGGGGGAGACAGUGGUGUACAGAAUGUUUUUGAAGAAAGGAACUUGAAAAAAGAAGGCUUUAAGUUUGAGAUUGGAAUGAUUUUCAAAACAUCAGAUGAGUUUAAAUGGGCUGUUAAAUAUUAUGAGGCAACUAGGAGAAAAGAUAUCCACUUUAAAAACAAUGAAAGCAGUAGAGUUAAAACAUACAUUCCAGAACACACAUGUGGGGAUCAAGAUGAAAAUAGAACUGUGAAAUCUGGUUUUCUAGCCAAAAUGUACAAGGAUGAAAUUAAACUUAAUACAGAAUGGGGUAGAAUACAGUUUCAAGAACAUGUGAAGGCAAAUUUGAAAUGUCAGGUCAGUAAACACCAGGCAUAUAGGGCUAAACAAAAGGCUCUUAAGCAACUGGAAGGUGAUGUUUCAGAACAAUUCAACUUACUCAAUGAUUACUGUGAGGAAUUGAAAAGAAGCAAUCCGGGAACUUCUGUGAAGAUGAAACUUGAUAGUGAGUUUACUGUCAAUGGAAUACCUAGGUUUCUGAGACUCUAUAUUUGCUUUGCAGCCUGCAAAGAAGGGUUCUUGAGAGGAUGUAGACCUUUCUUUGGGUUAGAUGGUUGUCAUCUUAAGGGUUGCCAGAAGGGAGGGCAACUUUUGAGUGCUGUAGGUGUUGAUGGAGAUAACAGCUUGUUCCAUAUAGCAUUUGCCAUUGUUGAAGGGGAAUUGAAGGACAGUUGGUUAUGGUUCUUGAAACGAUUGGACAGUGAUCUUAAUAUUUUAAGUAACCCUCAUGCUUGGACAUUGAUUUCAGACAAGCAAAAGGGAUUGAUACCUGUUGUUGAAGAAUUGUUUCCGGGAAUGGAGCAUAGAUUCUGUGUUAGGCACAUGCAUGCUAACUUUGUAAAGGAUGGUUUCAGUGGGAAUGUACUCAAGCAGAAACUGUGGGCAGUGUGUAAAGCAACAACAGAAGCAGAAUAUAGGCGGCAAAUGGAGGAGUUAAAAAAGAUAAAUGCUAAGGCUGCUGAUUGGUUAGCUGCAAGAGAUGCUAAACAUUAUUGUAGGGCAUAUUUUAGUACAUUUCCUAAGACAGAUUUGCUACUUAACAAUUUGUGUGAAUCAUGGAAUAGCACUAUCCUAAAUUUCAGAGAUAAACCAAUCUUAACUUUGUGUGAGAAGUUAAGAAUAUAUCUUAUGACUAGGAUGCAAAAAAAUAGAGAAAGACUAAAAAAUCAUCCGAUGAAGAUUUGUCCAAAGAUAUGCAAAUUGAUAGAAGAGGAAAAGGAUAGGGCAUGCAGGUACAAUACUUAUAAGUCUGCUGAAAACAUGUACCAAGUAGAUGAUGAGAAUUUUAAGGUCUUCAAGGUGAGUUUACUCCAGAAACAGUGCAGCUGUAGAAGGUGGGAUCUCACAGGCAUCCCUUGUAGUCAUGCAAUUGCAGCUAUAAGAAAACAAAGGGAAAGACCAGAAGACUAUGUACACAAUUGCUAUACAGUGGACUCUUAUUUCAGAGCAGAUGAGCCAGCAAUACUACCAAUCUCAUCUUCUGAGUUGUGGCCCAAAACCAAUCUUCCAGCUCCACUCCCCCCAAAAUAUAAGGCACAACCUGGGAGGCCUAAAAAAAAAAGAGAAAGAUCAGCCCUUUUGAAGAAACCAAGAAGGACAGCCUUGCACAAAGAACAAGGAAAGUUGGAGAAGUCAAAAGGUGCAGGGUUUGUGGUACAUGAGAUGGAUGAGGUGGUAGUUGGACAGGGUGAUGUACACAUUCAAGGCCAGUUUGAGGAUAUCCCAGUUGAGACACAAGUGCCAACUUUUGUACUUGAUGAGAUGGAGGUAAUGACAUCUCAACCAUCACAAUUAGUUCAGAGCCAAGUCCCUCCACUGUCCCACUUUAUUUCUUCACAACAGCCAAGUGGAAUACUCCAUGACAUCUUUACCGGAGCAACCUCGCCGCACCAACAUCGCACUUCUGGCAUCCAUUGUGUUGACCCGAUAGUGUUGAAGACAUUGCGAAUGGCGUCCUUAAUAGCGUAUUCUAUUCGAAGUGGUGGAAAGGUGUCAAUGGCGGAGGUUAGGGUUCUUCAUGUGUGGUGGCGGAAAUGGCUGAGAAUGGCGGAGGAACGGGCUGAAAACGAUUAA